UCCACCUCCUCUCUCUCAUCUUGCUGGGGCAUCUGCGCUGCCUGGCUGCAGCUCUUCCACACUGACCAUAGAGGGACCAGAGGAUGCCCACGCAUCAGCGCUUGGUCAUUAAGAUGAGGAGACACUCCUGCUUUGUUUUUGUGUUCUGUGGGAUAUUUUUGCCUGGAAUCCUUGGUUUUCCACAGAAAAAUACCUCAAUUGAUUGUGAUUCCCUGUUACCAAACUAUGAAGCUGAACCACAGACAUCUGCACCACCAUAUAUUAUUGCUGUAUCUUUUGAUAACUUUGAGCCAGGAAAUGAAAUCCAAGUGACUCUAGAAGCACUUAAAGAUGUUGGUUUUAAAGGAUUUAAUCUACAAGCUCGAGAAAUAGGAGGAGAUGUUCCUGUUGGUACUUUUAAAAUUACAGAUCCAAACACUAAAGGCUUGGAAUGUCAUAAUGUGAUGAAUUCAGCAGUAAGUAAUGCAAAUUCAGAUGUGAAGCAGAAAGUGACAACAACAUGGAUUGCUCCACUUGAUGUUAAAGAUCUUCAAUUUAUUGCAACUGUUGUUCAAGAUCUAGAGAAAUUUUGGGUUGGAAUUCAAAGCAAAACUCUCACACCUACGCAUUCUGAGUCAGUUAAUGGGACAGGAAAAAGUAAAAGGAAGCUUAUGAUAGAAGUAGAAUGUAACAAGCGUGGAGGGACUUACACAACACAAGGACGAUGCAUCAUGGUUGGACCUUCCAGUUCCUCUCAGAACAGCUAUUCAGGCAGUCAGAGUGGAGUAGUCUACACAAUAAGCAAGAGUGGAUGUGGCCCUGGAGGUGCUGCUGGUGCAUAUAGUCAAUACGCCUGUAACGAUGGUGCAUCCUCAUCCAGCAGGGGUCUUGCCUAUGGCCAGUCUGUCCCUUCAAGCAGUUCAGAUUCCAGUAAGAAGGUAGUGGUCAUUGCCAACAGCAACCCUUUUCCACCUGUGCGUCACACCUACCCGCAGAGUUUGGGAAGUUCUGCUACUAGGAUCAUAAUACAGAAUGGACAAAGACAGCAAAGCAGCAGCAGUACUUAUGUUCAGGGUUCCCCAAGCAGUCAGUCCUAUGGCCAGGGAUACCAGCCUCAAGGUGGCACUUCCUAUGGCCAGGGCUACCAGCUUCAAGGUGCCACUUCCUAUGGCCAGGCUGGGCCAAGUUACUUGGGCAGCAGCAGUUCUUAUGGCCAGGGUUCCCCAAGCAGUCAGUCCUAUGGCCAGGGAUACCAGCCUCAAGGUGGCACUUCCUAUGGCCAGGGCUACCAGCUUCAAGGUGCCACUUCCUAUGGCCAGGCUGGGCCAAGUUACUUGGGCAGCAGCAGUUCUUAUGGCCAGGGUUCCCCAAGCAGUCAGUCCUAUGGCCAGGGAUACCAGCCUCAAGGUGGCACUUCCUAUGGCCAGGGCUACCAGCUUCAAGGUGCCACUUCCUAUGGCCAGGCUGGGCCAAGUUACUUGGGCAGCAGCAGUUCUUAUGGCCAGGGUUCCCCAAGCAGUCAGUCCUAUGGCCAGGGAUACCAGCCUCAAGGUGGCACUUCCUAUGGCCAGGGCUACCAGCUUCAAGGUGGCACUUCCUAUGGCCAGCAGGGUGGAUAUCCUUCUUCAGGUGGCAGCAGUGGUUGUGGACAAGGUAUUUCAUAUGAUAGCAAUCCCUGUCACCAGGGUGGAUCAUACUCCUUACAAAACUAUGGUGGUAGCCAACAGAGUGCAUCAUCUUCCUCACAAAAUUAUGGUGGCAACCAGGGUGGAUCAUCCUCCUCAGACAGCUAUUAUGAUAGUCAGGAUUCACAGUAUUCCUCAGACGAUAAUCCCAAUGCCUGUGAUGAUAAUGACACUACCUAUAGUGCCAAUGGUCAGAGUUCUGGUUGUGGAAAAAAGAAAGUUGUUGUUGCCCGAGAUACAUCACAUGUUUUGAGCAGAAGAGACACUGAUGUACAGAAUGAGUCUUCUACUUCAAAUAGCAGCCACACCAACCUCCAGGGUGGAUCAUUUCUUGCAACCGGUGGUGGAUCAAGUAGUCAGGGUGGUUGCAUUUGUCCUGAUGGGAGCAGUGGUAAUAGACAGGGAGCCCCAGGUUCUUCACACAGCACAUAUUCUGGUAACCAGGGAGGGCCUUCCUUCUAUCCCGGAGGAUCCUAUGGACAGGAUGGCCCAGGGUCUUCCCACAGCUCUUACUCCGGUAACCAGGGAGGGUCUUCCAUCUAUUCUGGUGGAUCUUACGGACAGGGAGCCCCAGGUUCUUCACACAGCACAUAUUCUGGUAACCAGGGAGGGCCUUCCUUCUAUCCCGGAGGAUCCUAUGGACAGGAUGGCCCAGGGUCUUCCCACAGCUCUUACUCCGGUAACCAGGGAGGGUCUUCCAUCUAUUCUGGUGGAUCUUACGGACAGGGAGCCCCAGGUUCUUCACACAGCACAUAUUCUGGUAACCAGGGAGGGCCUUCCUUCUAUCCCGGAGGAUCCUAUGGACAGGAUGGCCCAGGGUCUUCCCACAGCUCUUACUCCGGUAACCAGGGAGGGUCUUCUGUCUAUGACAGCAGCAGUGAAUCCUAUGGUCAGGGUGGAUCUUCCACAUAUAGUGGUACUGGAUCUUACGGUCAGGAUUCACCUUCCAUAGGAGGCAGUGAAACUGAUGACAGUGAUUCCACCUCACCAUCUGGCAGCCAACAGAGUGAACGGGAUUUUUAUUCCCCAGGAGGCAGCCAGUCAGGUGGACAUGGGUCAUCUUCUCAAGGUGGUGGCUACUCCAGUGGACAGGACUCAUCCUCAUCUGGAAGCAGCCAGUAUGGUGGGCAGGGUUCAAAUUCUUCAGGAGGCAGCCAGUCUGGUGGACAGGGUGGUUGUGAUUGUUCUGGGGGAAGUUCUGGUGGAUCCCCUACCUUAGUCAGAAGUGAUUCCUCUGCAAAUGGCUCAUCUUCUGCUGGAGGCAGCCAGUACAGUAGCCAAGAUUCAUAUUCCUCUGGAGCUAGCCAGUAUGGUGGACAUGGGUCACCUUCUUAUGGAGGCAGCCGUUAUGGUGGACAAGGUUCACCUUCCUCAGGAGGUAGCCAGCAUGGUGGACAGGGUUCACCUUCUUCAGGAGGAAGCCAGUAUGGAGGACAGGGUCCAUCUUUCUCAGGUGGCAGCCAUUAUGGAGGACAGGGUAUAGCUUCUUCAGGAAGCAGCCAGUAUAGUGGACAGGGCUCUUCUUCAGGAGGCAGCCAGUCUGGUGGACAGGGUGGAUGUGUGUGCCCCGGUGGAAGUUCAGGCUCCUUUGGAGGAAACAGCUACUAUGGUGGACAGGGUUCUUCAUAUUCUGGAAGCAGUCAGUAUGGUGGACAGGGAUCUUCUCCCUCAGGAAGCAGCCAGUAUGGUGGGCCGGGCUCAUAUUCUUCUGGAGGCAAACAACAGGGUAAACCAGGCUUCUCUACCUCAGGAAGCACUUAUUCUGGGAAAUCGAAUUCAACUUCCUCAGGUGGCAGUCAAGUGAGCUCUGCUGGGAAACACUCCAGUCCCCGACUCCUGCUGUUAGUCAGUGUUUUGAGUGCCUUCGCUCUCUCUGCUGCUACAUCAAAAUGGUCUAUAUGAACUUCUGAAGAGUCGCUUGUCAUCCUAGGCAUGGAUUAUAUUCAGUAAUAUUAGAUUAAUUACUUGAUGUAAGAAAAAAAAUACCCUUAAGUCAAAUUGGCAGGUGCUACUUGGCUGUUAUGUUGUAUGUCUAGCUAGUAUGUCAUGCCUCUCAUUAGUUUACCUCUGGUUUUAGUCGUUAAUAGAUAUCAUUAGUUUUGUCAGUGGUUUAGGCAUCAUUUUAAGAGAGCAUAUUGUACCCUACCUAUAUGAUUUAUUUUUAUUUUUUUUUCCCAUGGGGAAUGCGAUGAACACCUACCUGAAAUCUGAUUGGUGCGACAAACAAAUACACAGAAAAUAUUUGGUUAUUAACCAAAGUGGAGGAGGUCAAACAAAUGGUUGUAUAGGCAAACUGAGCCACCGUGCCUGGUCGUCAUCGCAUAAAAUAAGGCUAACGUAAACAUCUGAUAAGCAGUCCUUCAUGGGACAGAAGAAAAGAGGCUACAAUAAUAUUGGAGUAUUGGUUUUAGUCUAUUGUAAUCACAUGCAAGUUCAAUAUGGAGGCUGCAAAGCAAAGAAAAAUGCUCCAUGGGACUGAAAUUUUGGGGGGUUAAUUAGAGUUUAUUUGGGGAUUAAUUAGAGUUUAUUCACUAGAGAAGCGAAACAGCUCAGAGAAAAGAAAUGCUGAACUCUGUUCAAACUGAUUGCAAAUACCUCGAGUUCUGUAGAGAAGCAUACGAGGCAAUGAACCUCAGAUUAGGUGAUAGUCUAAAAGCUGCUGAAAAACAAUGCAUUUUCCCUUGGGAAGGAAUGGAAAUUUAAUUAAGUUCAUAAAACUGAUAGUAUCUUGGCUCCUUCUCUCAAGCCUUUAGCCUAACCUGUCAUACCCAAUAUAUCUGCAAGUUUAAUUUCAAGAAUGAUGCUGACAUCUGCAAGCAGGUACAGUAAAUGUGGUCACAGAAAGACCACGGCCCAUUUUUGAGUUCAGGAGCAGUUCCACAUCUUGCAGCGAACUCUUUUGGAGCUGCCAGAGCCACCUUCUCUUUGUGCAGCGACCACUGCUCUGGCACCUUGUUAGCAGUGGUGCGUCCAUCAUACCGCCACUCCUACAGCUCCCGCACCAGCAUCAGCCGCCGGCUAAGCUCCUUUGCUGCUUGGGAGGAUGCAGAGUGCCUUCUCCUAAAGCGCACGUCUAAUUAGCGUCUUAUUGAACACGUGCCUAGUAUUAAAAUUACAUUUACUAGUAGUAUGCUUGUCUCCUAUGGUUUACAAUUGUAAUUGAUGAAUUUCCAUUCACGUUCUGCUACCACCUUCAGUGGGGCCAAGCUUUCACCCAUUUUUGAAAUGCUGCCCAGGACACGCUACCCUUUGCCAACCAUCAGUAAAUCAGCCUAAGUGUCUGUCAGUGAAGCAUAAAGGAGUUUUGCCUAAGUAUGAUCUUCAAAAUUUGGUGGACGAUUUGUUUCUUUGGAAUACGCAACAAGGUUCUCUUUGAGAGGUCCAUAUCUUAAUUCGAACUAGCCUUGCACUUCUUUAAUAAAUUUAUGAUGGAUUUCAUA